AAAGAAAACCCACAACGUCUCUUUUCCAUCUUCCCUUUUCUAUCUCCCCUCCAUUUCAUUUUUAGGUAGCCAAAGACGCCCGGCUCAUCCGUCCGUCUGCUUCCUCCGCCGAUCCCAAACACCCACCCCCCGCGCCUCCGCCGCAAAGGCCCAACCCUAACCGUGGCCGACUCUCGGGAUCCUAACGCGCCCACCUCCGAAGGUGGUGGCGCCGGCGGCGCCGGCGGCGCUCCGGCCAUCAACAUGUCCGCAGUAGUGUGCGGCAAGCGGGCUUCUUCCAUCUUCGAGGAGCUCUCCAACGGCUCAGGGUCCCCUCCCGCCGCCAAGCGCGCCCGCUUCUUUGGCUCCGCUUCCGGGCCACUGCCCGCCUGGCCGCGCGCCGCCGCCGACCCCGCCCUCGUCGCUGACCUCUCCGCGCGCUUCCCAGCCAUGAGCAUACAGUUUAUUGAAAAGGCUCUAGAAGAAUCUGGAAAUGAUUUGGAUUCAGCAAUUAAGAGUCUGCUUAAUCUACAAUUGGAUCCCGUGGAAAAUAUUGGAGACCAUGCAUGUGAACGUCCCAAUCAAAUAAUUAAUGAGGUUCAGGCGUCAGUUCAAGGACUUUCAGAUGGUGACAGGGUUACUGCACCUUCGGAAUGUGCCCCUUCUUCUGCAAACCUUAUGUCAGAUGGUUCAGGAUGGGUUGAGUAUUUUACAAAUCAGAUGGCAACUGCUGGUAACAUUGAUGAGGCAAGGGUUCGUGCUGCUAGAGCGCUGGAAGCUUUCCAGAAGGAUGUGAUAGCUCGCAGCAAUGCACAAGCACCACAUGAAAUUCAGAAGGAAAAUAUAGCGCUUAAGGUGCAACUGGAAUCACUUAUAAAAGAAAACACCAUCCUGAGGAAAUUAUUCACAAAACAGCAUGAGCGGCAAAAGGAUUACGAUGAGAAGAAUCAAGAGCUACAGCAAAUGAAGCAGCAUAUUGCUCAGUACCAAGAACGAAUUAGAACACUUGAGGUAAAUAACUAUGCAUUGAGCAUGCACCUUAGGCAAGCUCAGCAGAGCAGCUCGAUCCCAGGGCGCCACCAUCCGGAUGUUUACUGAGACAGCGCCAACUUUUCACUGUGUUCCCUUGGCAUGACAGCAUGUGUCUUACCCAGCUGGGGCUAAGACGCUGCUGUGCCUUUGGUCAUCCAACGAGCAAAUCUUGAGCUUAAAUUUUGUUCUGGAUGUGUAAAUUUAUAUCUCAGACGAUAAAAUCUCACUAUAUAGGUGAUGGAUAAAUCUAUGGCCACCAGUUUCAAGUUCUUUUUCCUCUGACGUGCUAUUUUAUGCUAUAUAGUAAUAUAUCUCUGGUUCAGACAUUCAA